AUGGCGGCCUUCGGGGUUCGGGUGGAGCCGCCUCCCCUAUCUCAGCCUCUGCAGCCUCCGCCACCGCCUCCUCCCCAACCUCUGCAGCCGUCUCUCCAGCCUGUACAGCCGCAGCCGUGGGCGGCGUCGGGCCCCCGCUUCCGCUGGUACCGCUACCAGGAGGCGGCCGGGCCGCGGCAGGCGCUGAGGAGGCUCCGGGAGCUGUGUCGCCAGUGGCUGCGGCCCGAGCGGCACAGCAAGGAGCAGAUCCUGGAGCUGUUGGUGCUCGAGCAGUUCCUCACCAUCCUGCCGGCCGACGUACAGGCCUGGGUGCGGGGCCGCAGCCCGCGCUCCGGAGACGAGGCGGCCGCGGGCGUAGAGCUGCUGCUGCGGCUGCGGCUGCAGCAGGAGCAGGGGGCCGAGCCGCAGGUCAGCGCCCCGACGGGACGGGCUGAGGGAAGGGGGAGGGGCGGCGCGGGGAGCAGGGAGGGAGGUGAAAAUGUCUGCACGCCCCCGCCCCCAGCGGGGGACCCCCUUCUUGUCACCACCACGACUGCCUCCUUGUUGGGACCCUUUACAGUUCCAAGCUUUGCCCAGCAAGCAGAAGUGCUGUCAGAAGAGAAAGUGACAGAAAUGACACUCUUGGGAGCAGUACCAGAGUCAUCUUCUUUGCCUUCGAUCAGUGAUUCUUCAAGAACAAAGCCUGAAUCUCUUCAUCAUGGAACCCUGGUGUCCCUCCAGGAUCCCCAACAAGAUCUUGAAACCAGAACUGUGAAUGAAGAGUUAAUUCUAAAGCAAGAAAUUUCUGAAGAAGUGGAAUCUCAAUGGAUGGUUUCAGAAAGACCUACAGAGGAAGUUUCCCAGGGACCUGUAUUUGGAGAUGUCCUUGAACAGGAGAUCAGGUUAGAAAGGCAGCAGGGAAAACCUGGAGAGGAGAACCUGAACAGAUCCCUUUCCUUGGAAAGGAGUUUCAGACCAGUGGCAGCAAUCCACCAGACAACCACCAUUGGGGAGCAAAGCCAAGAAUAUGAUGAAUUUGAGAGAAGCUUCAGUCUUAAUUCAAACCAUGUAACAGAUCAGAGAUUUCCUAUUGAAGAAGAUGCUCAUUGUGAUACCUGUGGUGAAAUCUUUCAAGAUACCUCAGAACUUAUUGAACAUGAGAAAAUUCACAUUGGAGAGAAACCUUAUAAAUGUGAUGAUUGUGGAAAGGCCUUUGGUAGAAGCUCACACCUUAUUCAGCAUCAAAGAAUUCACACUGGAGAGAAACCCUAUGAAUGUAAUGAAUGUGGGAAAGCCUUCAAUCAGAGUUCACACCUUGUCAGACAUCAGAAGAUUCACACAGGAGAGAAACCCUAUGUAUGUACUGAAUGUUGGAAAGCCUUUAGUCGGAACUCGGUCCUUAUCAGACACCAGAAAAUUCACACUGGAGAGAAACCCUAUGAAUGUAGUGAAUGUGGGAAAAACUUCAGCCAGAGCUCAGGCCUUAGGAAGCACCAGAGAAUUCAUACUGGGGAGAAACCCUAUGAGUGUAGUGAAUGUGGGAAAGGUUUCAGGUUGAUCUCCACCCUCAUUCAACACCAGAGAAUUCACACUGGAGAGAAGCCCUUUGAAUGUGAGGAAUGUGGGAAAGCCUUUCUGCGGAGUUCAGGGCUUGUGGAACACCAGAGGAGUCAUUCUAGGCAGUGAGCAACUAUCUGGAGUAGCAGCCUUCCUUUGUGAAGGAGGCCAUAUUGGAUCAAAUAGACCAUCAUCUGAGAUAACCCUAAAACAUUAAUCUUACUUGUA